GCUCGGCCCUGCCGGGGCUUCGGGGCCUCGCGUGACUCCCGUCUGCGGGUGUGGAGGGUGUGACCGCAGCCGAGGGCGCGAAAGGGGACGUCAGGGCCUCGGGCCACCCGCCGCCUGCCUGGGAGACGCCCCGUGGCCGGCGCCAUGAGUGCCAACGAGGACCAGGAGAUGGAGCUAGAAGCAUUACGUUCUAUUUAUGAAGGAGAUGAAAGUUUCCGAGAAUUAAGUCCAGUUUCAUUUCAAUACAGGAUAGGUGAAAAUGGUGAUCCCAAAGCCUUCUUAAUAGAGAUUUCCUGGACAGAAACAUACCCUCAGACACCUCCAGUUAUAUCUAUGAACGCUUUUUUUAACAACACCAUAUCACCGGCUGUAAAGCAGAGCAUAUUAGCCAAGCUACAGGAAGCAGUCGAAGCGAACCUUGGAACUGCUAUGACCUACACGCUCUUUGAGUAUGCCAAGGACAAUAAGGAACAGUUCAUGGAAAAUCACCGUCCCGUGAAUUCUGCAGUGAGUACAUCCAUAAGUAAUAUCAUCUCAGUUGAAACUCCUAAUACAGCCCCAUCAACUAAGAAAAGAGACAAAAAAGAACAACUUUCAAAAGCCCAGAAACGUAAGCUGGCAGAUAAAACAGAUCACAAAGGGGAACUUCCUCGGGGCUGGAACUGGGUUGAUGUGGUGAAGUUAAGCAAAACCGGUUCUAAAGAUGAUGAAUAACACUUGGAAUUGGAACCAAGGAGAGUGCAUCCUUUAAAAAAGUAAAUGGGGUUCAGAAUCUUUCAUUACUUUUUUCUGUUAUUGAAGUGGCUUUUUGUAAGAUAAUUUUUUGUAUGUUUCUUACAUUAAAAAUGUAAGCUAAAAGUUCAUGAAGAGAUCUGGUUGUAUUAUCUUCACAAACUUGCCUUAAUCAAAGGUGAAAACGUUACUGUUUAGUAUACGUUGCAGAGCCCGUCAAGCAUUGUUAAUGGACAGAUACGAGGAGUAGUAAAUACUCAGUGUUAAAUGUAUGUGAUCUUAUUCUAGUGGUUGUGAUAAAGGAGUCUGAAGCCCUUUUCAAACCCUCAUCUGAGUGGAGUAAAAUAACUGAGUCAACUAUUAUUUGUCAGCAUGAUCCAUAUUGAUAGGCCUCUUCUCUUAAUUACUGAAGCAUGAGUUGCUUCAGAGAAAUUUAAAUACUGGCAUUUGAACUUUAUACAUAAUACUCUUUGUAGUUCCUUUUUGUAUUUUUCAUGGGUGAACUGCUUCUGUUUAAUAAGUGAGUAUCUGUUUAUACUUUUGGUUUUGGUCAAAAUAUGUAAUCAUGAGAGCUUUCAAUGGUAUGUGGAAUAAGAAUAUUUAAAAAAAAAAAAAAUUGCCAAAUAAUUAGAAAGCAUUUUAAAUAGAAGUGCUGACUCUUAUUUGACACAUUUUCUCUUUGCUACAUAUACCAUGAUGGAGUUAAAGAUACCUUAAUAUUUCAUUUUUUUUUUAUUGUAGGAAACAAUGACUUUAAAAAAAUUCUUAUUUAUCUUCUAUUGUGUGCUUUUAGUUGUAUGAUAAUUGAGGUCUUCUAAAUGAUUUAACAUAAAACACAUUCAAAGUUUUCUUUUCGAAGUGUCUUUUCAUGUAUACAUAUUUCUCAACCUCAGCAUCUUUGUCCUAAUAGACAUGAAAGUCUUUCAAAUACUAAGCUGCAGUACAUGCUUGAUUUUUUAAAGUAAUUAAUAGAGGAAACUCUUCGUGUAGUUUUAACAUCAGGAAAAGCUAUCGAUGUGCAUUGUAUAUAGUGAUUCUGUAUACACCUCCCAGCUUUAAAAACACUUACAAUUAACCCUCUGGUAUCAGGAAGGGUAAAAAUGUUUGUUCCUCAAUUUAUACCUGUGAAGCUUGGAUCUGACUUCUUAAAGAAUAAUUGAUUUCUAAGGAAGUUACCUUAGCAUAAGAGGAGGUUUCUGAAUUGUAUGUUUGGUUUUUACUGGGCUAAUAACAUUGGCUUCAAUUAAAUCUUUUUAAUUAUAAAGUAUAAUAACACUGAAGGAGUUUAAUCGCAUUUGCGAAAGCUGAAUCACAUUUUAUUUCUUGAAUUAACAUGAAAGAGAGAAGCAUUAAAAUUCAAGACCACUGGAAUAUGCCAACUUUGUUUUGGGGUUGUAUGUUUGUACUUUGUUGUUGUGUGAAUUUGUUUGCUUUCUUGUUUUCUAAAUAAACUGAAACUGCUAGAUCUGCUAGUGAACGUUCCAGAAUUGAUCAGACUUAGUGUGGUUCGUCUAUUACAAAGAAUCCUACUUAAAUGCCAGUGAAGUAGUUUUACUCUUUUUAUAUGAAGUGUAGGGAUUUCUGGAGGUGGGGGCGGCAGUGGUGCCUCUCAUUACCUUAUGUAAACACUUGAACAUUUUCAUCAGUAUUGCUGUCGUCUAUUUAACGUUGCCAGUGUAUUUUCUCAAAGUGUUUACUCAGCAAUUGUGUGGAAUGACAAAAUAAGCAAUAAACUUGGAAUUGCACACAAUGAUUUUUCCACAUUUUAUUUUGAAUCACUUGAGAAACUUUGAAUAUAUAAAUCUGCAUAGCUUUGUGGUAUGAGAUAGAGAAACUAUUAACUAGAAAAUAUUAAAAAUGUUGGAUUAAGGGAGGCAGGGCCAAGAUGGCAGAGUACUCAGAUGCUUACAGUGAUCGCUCUUACAACAAACAUCCAAAAAAACAAGGGAAACGAUUAUAUUUAUGACAAGCCAGGAGCCCUGAACAUCAAAGGCGAAGUUAGAAACCAGACUAAGCAGCAGAGGGAGGAAGAGAUGGUUCAGAAGCAGAGAGGAGUUGCUGGACCUGAAUUGCGAGAACCCUCAGGCACCAUUUGCAGGAGUGACUGCAGCGAGCUGGUCGUAGCAUCCGGCCAUGAUUUCCACAGGGAGAAACAGCCAGCCACACAAGCUACUCACACCUCUGGAACCAGAGAAGAACAGUGCUCUCGGCAAAGGCUAAGUAGUUGUGUAUGUCUUACCAUGCCCCUAGCCCCCAAGCCAGCUUCAGUGGCUCUCGAUUUCCCUGGGCCUGAGAUAGGCCCUGUUGAGCGCCCUGAGGCAUUCUGACCUUGGAGAAGGAAUAAAUUCACAAUUGGGAUAAAGAUAACAUGCCAGCUCCACUAAACUUGGGAGCUCAGAACAGAAGCAGCUCCUGUCCAGACAUAAAUCGUCCAUGGACUUUGAAUACCUUUCCCCCCUGCGUGGACCUGUGUGGAUGUAUUCAGGAGAAUAGGCCAUUGUUGGCAGACUACAACUGUUUCAGCUGUGUGGUGGAGAGGUGGGCGUUUGAUGUUUCACACGGCUUUACCUAUUAAACAGGGUCCUCACCUACCCACAUUAGGGGCCUAAGGACUCGUGGCUCCACUCAGGUCACCCAGCCACGCGUGACAGAGGUCCAAGGAUAACUGCUACCUCCCAGUCCUUACAACUAAAAGCAUUAAGUAUCUAUGAUCCAUCUGCAGAACCCACCCACCUGUGCACUGUAGGGAACAGGGACACACUUUCCUCACAGACACUCGGGGGACAGUUGUCAGCCCCUUGCCUUGUUCAGACCAUGACCCCCUGCUGCAACCAGAUACCAGUACCUACACUAAUCACCCCUGCCCCCUCUCAGGCUGUAGGACAGAACCUGAACCACACACUUGAUGACCAACUACCUGGGUACCUGAGCUGAAUCCAUACAAGAAAAGUGAAUUGACUCUUAGGCUCAUACGCCUGAUACACCUCUAGCCAUCUGGUAACAGGAUGUUAGAGCUUCAAAGGGGAAAAUAAUCAAGCUAGCUCACUCAAGCAACCUAUUUGGGCAUAUCAAAACAAAGCAAAACAUUAGGAUACAGUAAGCAAGCAAACUCAUAUAGUAACGUAUAGAUGCCUUGGAGAAAACAGUCAAUAUCAAAUCACAGACCAUGAUCGCUUCAACAAGCCCUCAAAACACAGAAUCAAGGAAUCUUCUGGAUGAAGGUGCAUUCCUGGAAUCACCAGUUGCAGAAUACAAAAGAUUAAUAUACAGAACUCUUCAAGGCAUGAGGAAAGAGAAGAGGCAAUAUGCAGAGUAAUCCAAGGAACACACAGAUAAAGCAGUUGAAGAAAUUAAAAAGGUUAUUUGAGAACAUAAUGAAAAAUUUAAUAAACUGCAAGAAUCCGUAGAGAGACAGCAGUCAGAGAUUCAGAAGAUUAAAAAUAAAAGUAUAGAAUUAGACAACUCAGUAGGAAGUCAGGGGACCAAAACUGUGGAAGUGGAAGGCAGAAUUUGUGAGACUAAAGAUAAAACAUUUGGCACCAAUAUAUUUGAAGAAGAAUCAGAUAGAAGAAUUAAAAAAAUGAAACCCUAUGAAUCAUGUGGGACUCUAUCAAGAGAAAUAACCUGUGAGUGAUUGGAAUACCAGAACAGGCAGGGAUAAGAGAAAAUACAGAGAGAAUUGUUGGCGGAAAACUUCCCUGAUGUUGUUAAAGAUGAGAAGAUACCCAUCCAAGAUGCUCAUUGAACUCCACAUAAGGUAGAUCUUAAAAGAAAGUCACAAAGAGAUAAUCAAACUUGCCAAAACCAAAGAUAAAGAAAAAUUUUAAGAGCAGCUAGGGAUAAACGAAAAAUCACCUACAAAGAAGAGUCACUUAAAAUAAGCUUGGAGUACUCACCAGAAACCAUGCAGGCAAGAAGGCAAUGAGAUGACUUAUAUAAAGCAUUGAAGGAAAAAAAUUGCCAGAAAAGAAUCAUAUAUCCAGCAAAACUGUCUCUCAAAUAUGAACAUGAAAUUAGGACAUUUCCACAUAAAGAGAAGUUUAGGGAAUUCAUAAAAACCAAACCAAAACUACAAGAAAUACUAAACGGAGUUCUGUGGUUAGAAAAUCAAUAAUAUCAAAUAUAAACCCAAGACUAGAACACAGGACAGAGCAACCAGAUGUGAACCCAGAUAGGGAAAUAAAAAAAAAAAAAUCAAGAUUAAAAAAACACUCAAAACAGUGAAACAGUGAUGUCAUUAUGUAAAAGAAAAAAAACAUUAAAACAA